CCUGGCCUCCGCAUCCGCUAUAAACUGAGCGCAGCAUCCUUCGCAGCAUCAUCUGCUAAUAGACCGCCACCUCACGCAGCUUGGCGAUACAAAACAACAGCAACAACAAGACAACAUCGGAGACAUUUUUAAAAUAGCUUUAACUAUAUGUUAAGCCGAAGUCAAGCUGAAAAUAUCCUGCUUCUGCGCACAGUUUGAUCCGGGGAUUUUGGAUACUGCAAGUGUUUGCGGCAUUCGGAGAGAAAUUCCGUAAAGCGUUUCUUAUUUGAAUCACGAAAAUUCCCUGUUUGUUUCUGCGCAAUCUGUUCCAGCGCGGUGUUGCGAGAUGACGGAGCCUAUCGCAGAGUGCAACAUCAAGGUGCUGUGCCGCUUUCGCCCUCUGAAUCAGGCCGAGAUUGUGCGAGGAGACAAAUUCCUCCCUGUGUUUCAAGGAGACGACACCGUCACCAUCGGGGGGAAAUCCUAUGCAUUUGAUCGUGUGUUUCCCACCAACACCACUCAAGAGCAAGUCUACAACACCUGUGCCAAGCAAAUUGUUAAAGAUGUACUGGGUGGCUACAAUGGCACUAUCUUUGCUUAUGGACAAACAUCUUCUGGAAAAACCCACACCAUGGAGGGCAGCCUGCAUGACCCUCAGCAGAUGGGAAUCAUACCCCGCAUUGCUGAGGAUAUUUUCAACCAUAUUUUUUCCAUGGAUGAAAACCUGGAGUUUCACAUUAAGGUGUCCUACUUUGAGAUCUACAUGGAAAAAAUCAGAGACCUUCUUGAUGUCACCAAGACCAAUCUGUCUGUGCAUGAGGACAAGAACCGUGUCCCCUACGUUAAGGGCUGCACUGAACGUUUUGUCUCAAGCCCAGAGGAGGUGAUGGAUGUGAUUGAUGAAGGAAAGUCUAACCGCCAUGUUGCUGUCACCAACAUGAAUGAACAUAGCUCUCGCAGCCACAGCAUAUUCCUGAUCAACAUCAAGCAAGAGCAUGUGGAAACAGAGCAGAAACUCUGUGGAAAACUUUAUCUUGUGGACCUGGCUGGCAGUGAGAAGGUCAGUAAGACUGGUGCAGCCGGAGCUGUUUUGGAUGAGGCUAAAAACAUUAAUAAGUCUCUGUCUUCUCUGGGCAAUGUCAUAUCUGCUCUUGCUGAGGGCACGAAGACCCACGUGCCAUACCGUGACAGCAAGAUGACUCGAAUCCUGCAGGACUCUCUGGGGGGUAACUGCAGGACCACAAUGUUUAUUUGCUGCUCUCCCUCAGAAUUCAAUGAAGCUGAGACCAAAUCAACUCUCAUGUUUGGACAACGUGCUAAGACAAUAAAGAAUGCAGCCUCUAUAAACCUGGAGCUGACCGCAGAGCAAUGGAAGAGGAAGUAUGAGAAGGAAAAGGAGAAAAAUAAGACUCUGAGAGACACCAUUCAGAGGCUGGAAUCUGAGCUGAAACGCUGGCGCAAUGGAGAGGAAGUGCCAGAGGUAGAACAGGCCACUGCUGACGUGACAAAAUUGGAGACCACUGAUGAGUCUUUGGAUAAUGAGAAAGAGGUGGAGAGACAAAAGGAGAAAGAGAGAGAGAGGAACUUGGAUACUUCUUCCAUCGUGGUGCGUAUCUCAGAGGAGGAGCGGCAGAAGUACGAGGAGGAGAUCCGGAAGCUUUACCGCCAACUGGAUGACAAGGAUGACGAGAUCAAUCUGCAGUGUCAGUUGGUUGAGAAGCUUAAACAGCAAAUGCUGGCACAAGAUGAGCUACUAGCAUCAACACGUGGGGACAGUGAUAAGGUGCAGAAUGAGCUUGGGCGGCUGCAAUCGGAGAGCGAGAGUGCAAAGGCCGAAGUGAGGGAAGUGCUGCAGGCGCUUGAGGAGCUUGCCGUUAACUAUGACCAGAAGAGCCAGGAGGUGGAGGAGAAGAGCCUGCACAACAAGCAGCUGGCUGAGCAGCUUAGCCAAAAAAUGGCCAGUCUAAUGGAACUAGAAGCUGAACUGGCACAGAUGCAGGAGGUGAGCUCACAGCAGAGGAAGCGCAUUGCUGAUGUCUUGAAUGGCUUAAUGAGGGACCUGAGUGAGUUCAGCUCCAUUGUUGGCAACGGAGAAAUCAAACUGCCAGUGGAGAUUAGUGGAGCCAUAGAGGAGGAGUUUACCGUUGCCAGACUUUACAUCAGCAAAAUUAAAUCGGAGGUGAAGUCGAUGGUAAAGCGAUGCAGACAGUUGGAGACCAUGCAACUGGAGUGCCACCGCAAAAUGGAGGAGACCGGCCGAGAACUCUCCUCCUGCCAGCUGCUUAUCUCACAGCAUGAGGCAAAGAUCCGCUCUCUCACUGAGUAUAUGCAAAAUGUGGAACAGAAGAAGAGACAGCUAGAGGAUAGCUAUGAUGCUCUGAGUGAAGAGCUGUCUCUGUUACAGAAUCCAGAACAGCAGGAUGGUGCAGAAAAGACAGAAGCUGGGGAAUCUGAUGCAAAGAAGGCCAUUCACAGAGUUGCAGGCAAUCGGGAAACCCGCCACACUCAACUCAGCCAAUUGCGGGAUGAGAUCAACGAGAAACAACGCCUUAUUGAUGAGCUCACUGAUAAGAACCAGGCUCUGGAGUUAGAGUUGGCCCAUGUGAGAUCUGACUUCAGCAACCUGAAGAUUCAGGAAGACACCAAGAAUGCACGUUUGGAACAACUAUCAUUUCAGCAGGAGAGGCACGAGCAGUCUAAAGAAGAUCUCAAGGGCCUGGAGGAGACCGUUGCCCGUGAACUCCAGACCCUCCACAACCUGCGCAAGCUGUUCGUUCAAGACCUCACGACUCGAGUUAAAAAAAGUUCAGAAAUUGGACCUGAUGAUAGUGGGGGGUCUAACACCCAGAAGCAGAAGAUUUCCUUUCUUGAAAACAACCUGGACCAGCUUACAAAGGUUCACAAACAGCUGGUACGUGAUAAUGCAGAUCUGCGCUGUGAGCUUCCGAAAUUGGAGAAGCGUCUUCGGUCUACGGCUGAGCGCGUUCGGGCACUUGAGACGGCACUAAAGGAUGCCAAACAGGGUGCCAUGAAUGAUCGCCGCCGCUACCAGCAGGAGGUGGAGCGUAUUCGGGAUGCCAUGCGCUUGCGCAAUGCAAUGCGGCGCCCACACGCAGCUCAGAUUGCAAAGCCAGUGAGGCCUGGGAACUAUGGCACUGUCACAUCUCCCACCACCUCUCUCUCCACACGAGCCAGUGAGCCAGCGACAUCAUUCAGUAAUGUCCUUUUCCAGAGAGAGAAGCCUGUUCCCCAGAAAACCAAUGUAGUUGGCUACAGCACUGUGAGAUCCAUAGACAUACUAAGUUCCUACCCACUGGAUGUAUAAAAUGGAAACAGCCCAGACAUUAAUGACAACAGGAGUGAUGCACACUGUGGCAGUAUGGUGGAACCAUCCAGACAUUAUAUCAUGCAGCCAGAGGCUGCAGCCAGUUAAUCACCUUUUACACAGAUUCCGGUUUCCUGCAUGCUGUCAGCUUUCUUCGUCCGCUCAAAACUUGACGAAUUCCGAUUCUCAGACUUUCUUGUUCUGUCCUGUCUUACUGUAUAUCACUCAGUGGUCCCUCACCAUGUUAGUCAUUAUUUGCAUACUGCCCCCGUAUAGUCCUACCUUGUAUAUUUCAUAGCAAUGUUGCAUGUUUGUCUUGUAUAGUUUAAAAUCAGAGCGUAAUUUAUAUCUUGAGACAGAUGAAUAAUUUCUUGAAGCAUUACUACAUGCAGAAGAAUAUAAGAAAAUGUGAUUGUUGUAAAUUCCUACAGCCUUUUUAGAGUGAGUAUUCGAAAGCCUUUGGUAAAUCUAGACCAUAGACACAAAUGUACAUUGCAGCCUCUGGAGAAUCUAUUAGUCUUUUGCUGAGCCUUAAACUAGACAGCUUUCCACACCUCCCACUUUUUAUGCCAGUCUAUAUGCCAGUAUGUGUGCUCAAGUGCAAGUCUCUAUACUAUUGAUAACUGAAAGCUACAGGUAUGAUUGUGUUGGUGUGUACAUUUUUAAUGCACAUACUAUAUUCAUGUACUGACUACCUCCAGAUAUUCUAACAUCAUAUGAAUUCUGUCAUCCAAUUGAGUUUAGUCAUAUCAACGUCAGGAGGAUCAUGGGAAAAUCUUUAAUGCAUUUUUUAAACACAGAGUCAGCCGCAAGCUUUAAUUACAUUUGAGGGAACCGACCACUUUUCUCAAAUGUUCACGAGGGGUUCCUCUUUCUCUUUGGACAACCUGAUCAGCCAGUCAGGAUAGGAGAAAGCAUGAACUACAGUACGAUGUUCAGUUCUUGGUCAGCAAUUAUAAGGGCUUGAAGAUGUGUGUUUCUGAAGCCUGUGCUUACCUGGUGUGUGUGUGUGCUGGGUGCGUGGGUGUUUUCUGUGUGGGUCUGUGUGUGAGCGCUAUCUAAUCCACUACUGCUUCAAGCUACUCUUGAGGUUCUGAUUCAUAUACACAAGUCUUUUCUCCCUAUGGUCUUCCAGUCGAUCACUUUCUCCAUCUUUUCCUUCUCAUGUGCGCCAUUUCACCUUAUUCCUCUAUAUUAGUUAGAUACGUGUGUACUUCAGAACCCAUCCCACUUAUAUCUAUAUUUUAUCAGAAGAAUAUUUGUAAAUGAGGAGUGUUAAUCUUACUCUUCUUACAUGACGGAAAUAGCAAUGCAGAAUGUCACAAUAUAAAUAAAACUAGUAUUAGUUACAUGAAUCACAAUCCUUUCCUAAGUGCUAAUCCAGGAAUUGUUCUUAUCCACAUUCUUACUGGAACCAUACACUACUGAUCUACUCCUUAUUAGUGAAGGACUGAAACUUGGGUCUCUACAUCACACGUCUUAUGUUAAGCUCUAAGAGUGUACAUUAAUGUAGUUUAUGUAGUUUGUUGGUUACCAGUUGCAAGAAAUAAAUGUUCAUUAAAGG